AAAGCAGCCUUUUCAGCACCACAAGAGAGCGGACAGCGCCUCACAGCUCUUCACAGCUCUUUACAGCAUCAUGGUUCUCAUCUGGACUCAGUUCGGUGUCAAACACAAAAAUGUGAAUGUGAAAUGCAAAGUGCGGGUCAUGCACAGAGGAGACAGCUCUGGCUCUUCAUCUUCAGCGGAAAGUGUCAAGUCUGAACAAGAAACCCCCUGCCUGGCCAUCAAACCGCCUGGUAAAGACUUCUACAAAGUACUGGGCGUGUCACCUGACUCCAAUGAGGACGAGAUCAAAAAGGCCUACAGGAAACUGGCUCUGAAGUUUCACCCUGACAAGAACAGUGACGCUGAAGCUGAGGACAAGUUCAAAGAGAUCGCUGAGGCUUACGAGAUUCUGACUGAUCCCAAAAAGAGGAAUAUUUAUGAUCAGUUUGGAGAGGAAGGUCUGAAAAAUGGGAUGGUGAACCAAGGCAACAUCUUCCGCAAUAAUUUCCAGAUGGACCCCUCCUUCUCCUCCUCUUUCCACGGCUCAGACUACUUUGACAUCUACUUUGGCCAAGACGAUGAAGAUCUGUUCAACCCGUUCAGGCGCUUCACAUUCAGUCGUGUGGGAGGUUACACAGGCCGUGAAGAUGGGCAGCAUCAUCAGAGCAAGGUAGAGUUACAUGAGCUGCUGGUCACUCUGGAGGAGGUGAUGCACGGCUGCACAAAGCACGUGAAGAUCACCCGGAAACGUCUGAAUCCCGACGGUCGAAGCCUGCGAUCUGAAGACAAAGUGCUCAAUGUGGUGGUGAAGAAAGGGUGGAGAGCCGGGACAAAGAUCACCUUCCCUCGAGAAGGAAAUGAAACACCAAACAAAGGGCCUGCUGACAUCACAUUCAUUCUCAAAGACCAGGAGCACCCACAGUACAAGAGAGACGGCGCCAAUAUCGUCUACACAGCCAAAAUCACCUUAAAGGAGGCGCUGUGUGGCUGUACCAUUAAUGUGCCUACACUCGACAGCCGAAUGAUGCCUUUGCCGUGCAGUGACAUUAUUAAACCUGGUGCAAUGAGACGUCUGCGUGGUGAGGGUCUGCCUCUGCCCAAGAGCCCAUCACAGAAAGGGGAUUUGGUGGUGGAGUUCCAGGUGCUCUUUCCUGACAGGAUCCCACCCCAGUCCCGAGAGAUAAUCAAGCACAGCUUAGCCAAAUGCUAGCUCUUCUUUCAAUACAUGACACAGGGUCGCCAUGUGUGCAUUGUUGUUACAUCACAGCCUUACUCAAGGGUGCUAGUAUUGUAACCAUUCACAGCCUGUUAUGGUGAAUGGAGAAUACUACAGCUGAAAGCACAUUGGACGGUGGUAUGGUGUGAGGGGAAGAUGAUAGUGACUUCAGAAACAGUGGUCUCUGCUGCCAUCUGUAGCUCAGUGCUCCUCCAGUGUGACUGAUCUGUGCUGUUAUACAGUACACUCACAGUGCAGGGCUGUGCUAAUCAAGUCUGUGUAGACUUAAACCUGAGGGGAAGAAACGGCUUUCAGAGGUUAUAUGGUUUUCAUAUGACUAUUUUUAAAAUAAUACUGAUAUAAUUGUGUACAAAGAUUUACUUUGUGUACAAAAAACAACAAUACUGUCUCUAAGAGAGAUUCACAUGUGAAAUGUUCUAUUGAAUGAUCUGAGAUGUUUGUAUAGAUUCUGCAAUAUCCUACCCAUAAUGCAUUCCUACAAUGUGAAGACUACAAAGAGUAGCCUAUAAAACUAUGUACAUUUUCAAAUAAAUAUCAACUGAAAAAAAAGUCCU